AUGUCGACGCUAGGCGAUAAUCUCUUUGUUGGCUCCUCCACGCAAGAAAACCUCGACGAAAAUCGCAUCGAAACAUUUUCGAUUACACCGCUUCCGUGCACGGUACAUGAAGCUGAGCAAAUCCUGUGGCGCUACGUCACAAACGAGGACACCUCGAGCGCUGGUAACGAGGCCUUCAACUUUACGACGCCUACGGCAGUUCAGUGCGCGGCGCAAGAGUGUCACGCCCGACCAGUCCCGCUCCUCGACGCAGGCAACUUCGUCUCUAGUCUAAAGUGGAACCAAGAGGUCCAGACAGAAGCGCUCAAGAAACAGAAAUAG